CUCCCUUCUGUUCUGUCAUCACACACGAUCUCAAAAAUCCACCACCUUUUUACUUACACCACAUAUAUUACAAGUCUUGCUAAAAAGCUGCUCUUCUUCGUCAUUCAUUCGACCACAGUAUUUGACUCUAGCCUUUCACCUUAUCGCCUAGCUCCUCUGCUGUGGGUGGGAGUACGAUCUCCUUACUACGUGGACAUUUGUACGACGACGAAGAAUCUUGCCACACAUUUUCAGCAGUAGCCAGACGACAACCCUUUCUUUCGUGAACUUUCCCUUUACUGUGACACAGCGAGAACGCGGAAGUCAAAAAAGUAUAUUAUUUUGUAUUUGGGUUGAUAUGUUGGACAAGAUUUGGGACCAGUAGUAGUAUAUUAUCAUACUUUGUGCUUUACUACUUUAAUUAAAACGGUUCACGAAUUUCACGAUUAAAUAGAACACUUGCUGUGAAAGAAGUAGAAUCGAGUAAGCGUGAAAAGUACUGUUGACGAUAUCAGAAUGGGGAAUAUCUUCGCCAGUUUAUUUAAGGGGUUGUUUGGAAAGAAGGAAAUGAGAAUUUUGAUGGUGGGGUUGGACGCGGCUGGUAAAACUACUAUCCUCUACAAACUCAAGUUGGGAGAAAUCGUGACCACUAUUCCUACAAUCGGUUUCAACGUGGAAACUGUCGAAUACAAGAAUAUAAGCUUUACGGUGUGGGAUGUGGGUGGCCAAGAUAAAAUCAGACCCUUGUGGAGACACUAUUUCCAAAACACACAGGGAUUGAUAUUUGUGGUGGAUUCCAACGAUCGAGAACGUAUAGGAGAAGCACGAGAAGAACUAAUGCGAAUGUUGGCAGAAGAUGAACUCCGUGAUGCCGUUUUGCUUAUCUUCGCCAACAAGCAGGAUUUGCCAAAUGCAAUGAACGCUGCAGAGAUAACGGACAAACUUGGACUACACUCAUUACGAAAUAGGAACUGGUACAUACAAGCCACGUGUGCCACAUCAGGGGACGGUCUAUAUGAAGGUUUGGACUGGUUAUCAAAUCAGCUGAAAAACGCUAAUCGUUAAUUUAUCAAGUCAUCUAACUAAAAAAUCAAGUCUGGCUGUAAAAAAUCUAUUUGCUAGCGAAUUCCAAAAUAUUGUUUAUAUGAAUUAGUGAAUGAACAGUAAUUGUUAGAACGAGUAAUAUCUUCCAUAAACCUCCACCUUAUAUAUAAAUAAGCUCCAAAAUCUAAUUAUCUUGUACUAAUUUGUCACCCCAACACUUUUAUAAUUUCUUGAAAUCUGUAAUCAAAGAACAUCCGAUAUUCUACCAAAUACAAUUUUACCAUGAAGGUAUUUUACCCUUCCCUAAUGUAUGUCACGCGCAUGUAAGAAUGAAAUUUAUUGGUAGUACAUACUAUAUAAUAUCCAAAUUCUUAUUAUUGUUUUAUUGGAAAUCAGAGGAAAGUACUUUGCUUUUUGUGAUGAUAGCUUCUAGGCAGAUAAUUAUGCUGAUCAUCUAGCUACCUAUAUUACUAUAUUUGUGUAUAUUGAAGGGACAGUAUAUAGGGCUUUAACAAUGAAACGUGAAACGAGAUCAUGGCAAUCGCGAUCGAGUCUAUUAGUAAAUGUUAUUACGACAUUGUUACCGAUAUGUAGGAUCAGCGCUAACUAUACAACAAACGGAACAGAUUGUGUUAAUAAUUUUCAUAAUUUUCCAUUCAGAAAUAGCAUGUAGGUAAAUGUAUCCGUGUGUGCUAUCACUUUUGUUUUGACAUCCUCAACAUAGUUAUUUUUAGUGUAUGAAUGCAGUUUAUCUCUGAUCUAUAAGGUUUAUAUAUAUUCUAUUCUAUUCUACAAUUUAUUCGCUAAAUGUUUUCCGUACAAGUGCAAAUAUAUCAAUUAAGCCCCAAUUGGUGACUGCUGCAUAAUUGAUUAAAUUACAUAGGGCGUUUUUUCAUUUAAAGAAUUUGAACAAUGAGGAGAAGCAUUUUUCAAAUUCCAUCCAACAAUUUAAUACUUCUACAGCUGACAACAACGGUUAUAUAAAAUAAUAUAUACAAUAAGAAUAAAAUAAUUAAAAUAAAAUAAGGUUAGAAUUAAUUAAAAGUACUUGCGAACGUAAUGAGUAAAUUAUUAUACUACAUGCAUAAUUAGGAUAAUAUUAAUGUUUAUUUUCGUUCAAAAAAAUGUCAUAAUCUAAAAGAUAAUAAGAUGGUAAGCACUAAGCAGUUUUGCAUAAAAGUGUGUGGCUGCAAAUGUCGUACGACUCUCAAUUUUUAAACAUGUUUUAUCUAUCAUCUGCUGUCAAUAAACAUUCAAUUGUAUUUUAAACUGUGUA